UGAGGGUCCAUUAACUCCUCAAAAAAAGAUUUCUCUAAAUUUGGAUAGUGAUGAGAAUACAAUUCGAAAUAUAAAUCCUUUUUUUUGUGAAAAUGAAGUGAUCAAUUUUGAUUUUAAAGAUUUAGAAAAACAAUUUGAACAUAUAGAAGAAUCACAAAAUGAUGUUGAACAGCCAAUUUUAUCACAAUCUGUUUCAUCAUCAUUACUUGAGGUUACAUAUUAUGCUUCAUUGAAUUUGGAACAUGAGUUAAAUUUAAAUGAUAAAAGUGAAAUUGCUGAUAAAUGUUUUAGAAUUUUUAAUAAUUUAAAAUCAGAACUUCCUAUCAUUUAUGAAAACAUUGCUUUUACUUUUUAUAUCCAAUCAUUAAACCCAUUUUUUGUGACCGAUUAUGCGAAGGUUCAUCUGAAAGCAAAAGGCACUAUUAAUAAGAUGGCAAAUCUCCAGGGUAGACUAACUGAAGCACUUGGCUUUUUAAAUAUGGGUGAUUCUGCGGAAUCAUUAUUAAUUGAUCUAAAAUAUGAUGGUAUUUAUAGAUCAUUUGAACUUUUUAAAAGUAAAUUAGUAAUAGAAAAAGUGUCAUUUCCUUUGCUAGUUCCAACAAUUUCUCAUUUUCUGCUAUUAGAUGAAAAGGUGAAAAAGUUGGUAGACGAGUAUGAAUAUUUUUCAUCUAAUCCUAUGCCAAAAUCAACAUUUAUUAGAGAAUUUCCACAUUCGCCACAGAUUAAAUCAUUGUUAAAAAAAAUGAAAUAA